AUGGUGAUGCGGGACCGUUGUGUGACUAUCCGAGAAAUUGCGGAAGAGGUGGGCAUCAGCACUUUUUCGGCACAUUCCGCUAUGAAGAGAGUGGCGGCGAAAUUCGUGCCGAAGCUGCUUACGGCGGAGCAAAAGGAACUUCGUGUUGAAGUCUCACAGGACAUGCUGGACUCCACAAACAGUGACCCCCACUUCAUGAACACCAUAAUCACUGGUGACGAGUCUUGGGUGUACGGGUACGACCCAGAAACCAAAUCCCAGUCGUCACAGUGGAAGCAUUCCACGUCACCAAGACCAAAGAAGGCCCGCCAAGUGCGCAGCAACGUUAAAGUGAUGCUGACUGUUUUCUUUGACUCCCGCGGUGUGGUACACCACGAGUACGCACCACAGGGUCAAACAAUCACCAAAGAGUACUACAGGGAUGUCCUCCGUCGCCUACGUGAUGCUCUGAAAAUAAAAGAUGCAAGGCUAGGCUUUAACCAGCCGACUUAUGAUUUAAAUGCACACCAGAUCCUGUAUGCAAAAACUCCAGAUAUCAUUAAACACCUGAACUUUUGCAACUAA